UUAUAAGUGCAACUGAGUAAAUUCAUCAAUUUCUCAUAAUAAUUUUUUUAUCACAGUAACAUAAAACACCGGACUUCGUCCUGGAUUAAUACUCGACCCGUUGAAACAAUGUCGAGCUUCACAACCAUGCGCGCAGCUCUACGAGCUCGGUCGGGAGCUCCUCUCAUGUCAACCACGAACCGUCUAGUCGCGAGCAGACAGAUGCAUCAAUCAUCAGCACUACGUAUGCCUUAUAAAGAUGACAUGGACCGCGAGUCCCUCAAGCCCAGGACGCACGAGUACACGACGGGCGGCACAAACGGGGAGAUCGCUGAUAAGCAAGACGCCGCAUACAACCCGAACAAGACGGAUCCCGAAACAGAGGUGGAGGCCGCGGGCGCUGAGAGCAACGACGGCAACGCCUUAGAAAGUAGUCCCGCGAACAAAGAUUAUGCCGAAGGUAGUCGCGGCGAGUCAGACAAGGCGGAGGAGAAGACGCAGAAAACGGAGGCAAGCCGCGGUGGCGAUGCGCCCAAGAAGGGCAGACCUAAUGAGUAUUCAUGGCUUGAUAGAGAAGAAAAGCCCGGGAAAGACGAAAAGCCCGGGAAAAAAGACGGAAGCUUGCCAACACAUUUCCCACCAAAUUCGCAUUCGAGAUAAGGAGUUUGGCGGCUGGCUAUAGUCGCUGGUGGACAUCUAUUGCAAUUAUAUCAACUUCACACUAUUUGCCAUACCUCUCAGUGUUAC